GGAGAGGGAAUAUCUUUUGCAGUCGUUCUGGUCCAGUAGUGGAUCUGAAGUCUGGACAGACAACAAAAUCUUAUCUUGGCCGCUAACGCACACAGUUUCUCUAGCGUUCUUCUUGUUUUCGAAUACGUGAAAUGAAACCUUCCAGUGUUAUUGCGAGAAUAAUUUUCAUUGCAAUCGCUUGCUCAAUAAUACUUCUGGUUGAAGCAAGACAUGCUCAGAUAUGUGAAUGCAAGGAGUACUGGUCAUGCGUUCUUGGUGGGGGAGAACCCACAACAUACUGCGGAUCGAAGGAGACCGAUGUGUGUUGCUCUCCAAAGCAGAAGAACAGAGGUGAAUGUGGCUUGAAAGGUCCAGAUGCAGGCCACAAUGACAAGAAUGAAGCCGGACCUGGAGAAUGGCCCUGGCAUGCUGCAAUUCUGGAGCGCAAUGCUGUGUAUGUUUGUGGAGCAUCACUACUCGAUGAGUAUUGGAUACUAACAGCAGCCCACUGUGUUGAUAAAUAUGACCCAACCGUUCUGAGAGCACGACUAGGUGAGCAUGACGUGAGCAGUGUACAGGAGCCGGUUCUCCACGAGGAGAGAGACGUCGCCCAGAUUGUCGUCCAUCCUGAAUUCGACAACAAAACGCUCACCAACGACAUCGCACUGCUCCGACUCAAAUAUCCAGCUGAUCGCAAAUCCAACAUCGAUGUGGUCUGCUUACCAGAUAAUCAAGUUUUUGGCACAAAUAGCACUUGCUACAUAACCGGAUGGGGCCGCCGGUCUGAAGAUACCAAGCACUCAGUUAUUUUAAAAGAAGUGCAAGUGCCACUAUGGAGGAACGUGGACUGUGAGAAUGCACUGAAGAAACACUUUGGACCACGAUUCACCUUGUCCCAAACAUCUGUCUGCGCUGGAGCUGAAGGGAGAGAUGCAUGUGAUGGUGAUGGAGGUGGUCCUCUGGUGUGCGAGGAGAAUGGCAAGUGGUACCAAGCAGGGGUGGUGAGCUUCGGAGUGGGGUGCGGGAGGCCGGACAUUCCCGGAGUCUACACCAAGGUGCAGCGAUAUCGGGCCUGGAUCCUGGACACCAUCCUCCAGCAUAGGGUCAAAAAGUCAUCUCAGCGGUUUUGAAAAUCACAGUUUACGAACUCGAAAUCAAGAUAGUGACAAGCCCUUAUCCAUCCAAUCAACUAUGUUGGAACCUUAUAGGUGGGAUAGCAAAACAGUUUCCUAUUGAAAUUGAACUAGCCUAUGGUUAUAGUAUAAAUCAAUAGUGUUACUGAUAUCAGUCAAGCCGGUUUCACAUAUAUCGAUUUUUGGACGUACGAUUUUUUGUCAUCCUUACAAAUUCUUUUAGAUUAUACAUAACUUGGCAAACAGAUGCUGUCUUCAUGUGUUUGUCAAGUUCCGUUUCAUCUGGUAGAUUUCAUAAGGACGGCAAAAAAUUGAACGUCAUAAAAUCGGUGUGUGUAUCGGCUUAACUGAUAUCAGUAUAGUCAUAUUGGUCACUUGUAGCACUAUGGAUGUACUCAAUCAAAAUUAUAUAAAAUGGGGUUUUCUCGUUAUUUUGGUAAUUUUUCAUGUUGUCAAUUCAAACUUUAUUAUCGAGUUCAGUUUGUCAAGAACUAAGCCUCAACGAAUUAAAUAUGUUUUGUCACAAGUCAAGAAAUAAUAGGCUCUCAAUAGAUGACGUUGGUAGUCAUUCUGUAACAUCUGCAUUCCAUACAAUCAGAAUAAAUUCAGGGGACAGUUUGUAUUUACCAUAUUCAACACAGUUUGUAAUUACCAUAUUGUCUUGAUUUGCUUACAAGUCAUGUUGUACACUACCAUACAUUAUUUUGACUGUACAAAUUAUAUAUAUUGAUGCAUUGAAUAUAUUUCGAAUUGACAAAAAUAAUAUAAAAUUUCAUUAUUAUUUUUACAAGUCUGUUUAAUUUUUCCCACUUAACUCAUCUUUCCCGUUAUUGUGUUUUUUAGAAUCACAUCUGCCAAUAAUCGAGCAUCACUAUCAAUCAUGCUGCAAUAUUUAUACUCUAUCGUUAUCUACUUAUUUAAAUUUAUUCAUAAUAAAAGUGACUUGUUGCUUAUAUGCUAGUGGAGAGAUCCAAAGUUUGUUCCACUCGAUCUCGCCUCCUCUAUUCUCUCACGUCAAACGCUUCACGUCAAACUCUCGCUUUAUUCCCGGACAAUUUUUCCAAGUUAUUCAAUCUAUCAAGUUCAAAAGCUUACAUAUCAAACCAAAAACAAACACAGAAUCGCGUGGCCAAAAUCUUACCUUUCUUGAAACUAUUUCUUUGAUUCACUUUUUUCAAAUAAUUAUUUUUACUGUUUCAAUUUACCUCAUUGAAAUCCACUUGUUUCAACUAGGUUAUAUUUUUGUAAACAAGGCUUCAAUCAACCACUAAACUACUACACGCAUGAAUCUGUGAAACACAGUUUGUCAGGCAACUUGGAUGCGGCAUUAAAUAUCGAUGUUACAAAUUCUAUCGGGCGCUCAUCAAGUGAAUGGCGGAGUUUGCUGGUGGGCUUAGGAGGCGACUGGAGCGGAAACUGAGUCACUGUAAGCGUGUUCUAGUUGUCUGAAUCCAAAGUACAUACUUGUAGUGAUUAGGAAGUUGGUCCUCUUCAAGUUGUGACCCAGUCAGGCAAACUUUCAAGUUGGCUGUGCUGCGAGUGAAACACUUAGGCUAAGGGCUUGACAUCGACCGAACUGCUUCAGAUUCGCAUCAUACCAACUUGCAGCUCUCAUUCAGCUAUUAGUGCACGAAACUGUCACAACAAACGGCCAAGUCAGCUUACGGUCAUCGCUUAUUACCGUAGCGUCGAUUCCGCUCUGUUCACAACUUACCUGAGUCAUGAAUAUAUUUGACAACUUAUAAAAUAUUUUGAAUUCUUCAUAUUUUUAUGUUCAAGCUAUUCUAAGUUGGCAUAUUUCAAGAAUAUUGAAAACUUUGAUAGGAUAGUUGAGCAGUCAUUUGAAACCAUUUCAAUUGUCAACCUUAUUUCAGUACUGUAGUGAACCAACUUUAUCUACAUUCUAUACUAUACUAGAGCUAUAUUCACUAGGUUGAGCUAAUGCUAUGCUGAUACACACGAAUCACUUGUAUACUGACACAACUAAAGAAGGCGACGUUUCUACAGUUGAAUACACAUUUCAUUGAUUUGAGUAUAAUAAUAGAAUUGCAAGUUUGUGUUCUUCCUUUGGCACUCAUGUUACUCAGUAACAUCAUGUUAGUCACAUAUCAGUUACUAUUAAUGGAUAAGUUGCAUUCAAAUUCAUGCACCAAAUUAUUGUAUAAGAGAGUGAUGCCACUGAACAAUCAAAAACAUUAAAAAAAAAUAUAUUAUCUGAUGAGAUCAG